AUGCUCGUGGAGGCAAUAUUAGAGGGCCUAGGGUUGGUUGAAAAUGAUAGUUUUGAUCAUUUUAAAGAAUUUGAAGAUGGGAGCCAACUCAUCGUGGCUAAUUACUAUCCUUCAUGUCCUGAACCUGACCUAACACUUGGCAUGCCACCCCAUUCAGACUAUGGCUUCCUCACACUACUUCUCCAAGAUCAAGAAGUUAAGGGUCUUCAAAUUCAGCAUGAUGGGAGAUGGGUCACUGUGGAACCAAUUCCCAAUUCAUUUGUUGUUAACGUCGGUGACCAUCUUGAGAUUUUUAGCAAUGGGAGGUACAAGAGCGUUAUCCAUAGAGUUCUAGUCAAUCCUUUGAAGCCUCGGAUCUCCAUUGCCUCAUUACACAGCUUACCUUUUAACAGCAUGAUUCGACCGUCGCCAAAACUCGUCAGUGAUGCUAGUCCAAGGCUGUAUAAGGACACAGACUUUGCGAGUUUUAUUGAAUACAUGGCAUCUCACGAACACAAGAAUAAGAACUUCCUGGAGUCUAGGAGAUUGACUUGA